AGACAGGCCAGAACCGCGAUUCCCGCUAUAUAGACCCUCAUGUUCUUGCCAAAACUGUUUGUGAAGCUCAUCGCGUUUCACUUACUUAUAUAGGAUGCUUUAUCAGUAACGUCUUGGGAAAUAAUAUUGAGUUUAUAAGAUAAGCCACUGAGCUAAGCUCAUGCUAUAUUAUGUAUUCUAUCUAUGGGCACUCCUAUGGAAGUGUCACCCUUGUUUCGUUUACGCCCCACUGAGCGGCGACGAGUAAUAGAUAGAUCGAAUCAAAUAAACGCAAACUGCCCAAAUUGAUUGAAAACCAGUUGAAAUCAGUGUCGCUCUCAAAACGGUAGUGUGGUGGUCAAGAAAAUAAAAGGCAAAAUAUAAUGCUGCAAGAUCAGAAUAAAACCAACAUGGUGAACCCAUCCAUAGGAUACGCCCUUAAACGCAAAAACGAUCGUUUUGUGGUCGAGCCAAUAGUGGGAAUCGUAAAUCCAGCUUAUGAACCCGAUCUGGAAGGAGAUAUAUCCGCAAUCAAUAGAAAAUGGCGAGUACAGAUAAUUGUUUACUUAUAUAAUCAGCAGCAGUGUUCAAGGUAUAAGCAAGUUUGAAGCUCAGCUGGCUAAUCCGAUGUCAAA